UGGGCGGGCCUUAUCAGGCGUCAGAGGCGGUGUCGUGGGGCAGUCGUAGCCCCGGAGAUGGCAAUGAGCGAGAGGAGGGGGCUCGACGGUGGGAGCCCCGCGCAGUGCGGAUGGGGACGCUUGUCGUUGCUGGUGCUGAUGCUGAGCGGCUGCUCAGGUCGCAUCCACCGGCUGGCGCUCACAGUGAGCCUCGGGGAGAAGAGAGCUAACAUCCAACUGAACAGCUUCGGAUUCUACGCCAACGGGUCUCUAGAAGUGGAACUGAGCCUGCUUCGCCUGGGCCUCCAGGAGACGGAAGAGAAGCCGUCAAAGGUGGGGUUCAGCCUGAGUCGCGUCCGAUCUGGCAGCGUUCACUCCUACUCGAGCCGGAACUUGCACGGAUGUCCUCUGGAGAGAAACAGCAGCAACUUCCUGGUCCUUUUCCUCAUUAAUAUCCAGGACCUACAGGUCAAAGUCCUAAAAUUUGGAGAGCAGAGGAAGUUGCUCAUUUCCCCUGGUCUCCUCUCGGACGCCCCUGCCCAGUCGAGCCUCCUGAAGUCAGAGCCGGCAGACACCCCUAAGGGGAGCAGUGAGACCUCUGCAGUCAAGGAAGGUCAGGCAAAGCCUGGAGCACCCCAUGUUUCAGGAGAGAAAACUACCCCGGGGGUACAUGGGCACUCAACAGAGGGCCAGCCACAGAGGCAUCCGCCCACACAGGACCCCGGUGGGAAGGAGGCGGAGCUGGUGUUGGGGCUGGGCCACCUGAACGACUCCUACAACUUCAGCUUCCACGUGGUGAUUGGCUCCAGGGAUGAGGAAGGCCAGUACAGCCUCAACUUCCACAACUGUCACAACUCCGUUUCUGGCAAGGAACAUCCGUUCGACCUCACUGUGAUGAUCCGAGAGAAGAAUCCGGAAGGCUUCCUGUCAGCGGCAGAAAUGCCCCUCUUCAAGCUCUACCUGACGAUGUCUGCCUGCUUCCUGGCUGCUGGCAUCUUCUGGGUGUCCGUGCUCUGCAAGAAUACAUACAGUGUCUUUAAGAUCCACUGGCUCAUGGCAGCCCUGGCGUUCACCAAGAGUGUCUCCCUGCUUUUCCACAGCAUCAACUACUAUUUCAUCAACAGCCAAGGCCACCCCAUCGAAGGCCUCGCUGUCAUGCACUACAUCACACACCUGUUGAAAGGUGCCCUGCUUUUCAUCACUAUUGCCUUGAUCGGCUCAGGCUGGGCCUUUGUGAAGUAUAUGCUGUCGGACAAGGAGAAGAAGAUUUUUGGAAUUGUGAUCCCCCUGCAGGUCCUGGCUAAUGUUGCAUACAUUGUCAUCGAGUCCAGUGAGGAGGGUGCCAGUGACUAUGGACUCUGGAAGGAGAUCUUGUUCUUGGUGGACCUCAUCUGCUGCGGUGCCAUCCUCUUCCCAGUCGUGUGGUCCAUCCGGCAUCUGCAGGACGCAUCCGGCACUGAUGGGAAGGUGGCAGUGAACCUGGCCAAGCUGAAGCUGUUCCGACAUUACUACAUCAUGGUCAUCUGCUAUAUCUACUUCACCCGCAUCAUCGCCAUCCUGCUGCGUGUGGCUGUGCCCUUCCAGUGGCAGUGGCUGUACCAGCUCUUGGUGGAGAGUUCCACGCUGGCCUUCUUCGUGCUCACCGGCUACAAGUUCCAGCCGGCUGGGGACAACCCUUACCUGCAGCUGCCCCAGGAGGAUGAGGAAGAUGUACAGAUGGAGCAAGUGAUGACUGACUCUGGAUUUCGGGAAGGCCUGUCCAAAGUCAACAAGACAGCCAGUGCCCGGGAGCUGUUGUGACUUCCUUUCAUCCAGCUGCCACCCUCAGUCCUUCUGCACCCUGCUCACCUGCUCUUGGCCCCUGGUGUGCAGGGAGCCCUAGGGGUUCGUGCCAACAAAGUACACAAGACGCGGGUCCCCAAGGAGCCUUCCAAA